AUGACGACUGCUGCCCUUCCCCUCCCACUCCAGGACGUGAUCAGCCCGAAGUUCCACCAAAACAACUUUGCUGAGGAAAGUUACAUCAAGAAUGAACUGGGCAUAAAGCUAGACAAAGACGACCAGAUAUGCCGUCUGUCUCUCACUCCACAGGGAUGCCCGUUGGGGCCUCUUCACUGUCCACUCCGGCACACUCACCCGCCUGCAACCGUUUGCAAGCACUGGCUUCGCGGGCUGUGUAAGAAGGGCGACGCAUGUGAGUUUCUGCACGAGUACAACCUCCGGCGCAUGCCCGAGUGCUGGUGGUACGCCAAGUACGGCUACUGCUCGGCCGGUGAUGAUGAGCGGAAAGUGGAGUGUCCCGACUACAACCGCGGGUUCUGCAAGCUCGGUCCAACUUGCCCCCGAAAACACGUUCGCCGCGUCGUCUGCAAGCUCUAUCUAACCGGGUUCUGCCCGAUGGGCCCUGACUGUUCCCGAGGCCACCCGAAAGCGAACAUCCCGCCGCCGAAAGCUUACGACCCGCCAGAGCCGCCCUCGGUCCGCGACCUCGGUCCGCCCCCGCCUGGCUACGGCCGAUACGCCGACUUCGACCGCGGAGGUGGUGGCGGCUCCUUCCCUGGUCCCCACGCACCCGGGGCAGGGGGCUCAGGUGGGCUCCCGGGUCCUCGGAGGAACCUGGAGGACGUUGUGUGUUACAAGUGCGGAGAGAAGGGCCACUACGCAAACCACUGCCGACAUCACUCCCACAAGCCAUACAAGCGGUAG